ACUAGCACUAAUCGAACUCAGUUUAUCUUCCUCAUCGAGCUAAAAAAUAAGUCCCUUUCGCUUUCGAGCUAUUCUUUUGGUCACAAUUUCAAAGGCUUUCACUACGUUGCUUUGCUUUGGCUGCUGCUUCAAUGCUCCUUUCCUUUUUUUUUUUUUUAUGGUAGUAAUUUUUAAAGUUUAGCUUCUGAAUGUUUUUGGCUUGGAUUAUCUAUGCCUGGCAACGAAGUUGGAGAUAGGAUCCGUAAUUUCCUUGGCCAAGAGAGUUUUUCCCAUGGCCAGCUGCAAUCACAGGUAAUUGAUAGUAGCUGGCCUGGUUUAAGUAACAAUCCGUGGGUUAGAAGCCAGGGACAAGUUGGUGGGCCUCUUGUUUCCAGUUUGAAGAAUUUAAGUGCUCAUCAAUUAGCAGAGUCUGACAGAGGACAUAGUAGUCAGUCAUCAAGGCUGCAGCAUGAGGUGAACUUCACUCAAUCAGAUUUGAGGCCUGAAAAUUUCAGAAGCCAAUUGCAAAAUCAGUCAGCAAUUGCAAACGGCUAUCAGCAAGGGCACGAGUCUUUCCAGGCAAGGAGAAUGAAACAAAUGUAUUGGGGCUCGAUGCAGCACCUACAGGCUCAUCAAGUCUUGAUUCACCAAUAGGAAACGGCCCUGAUUUUCCUAGGAAUGGCUCGUCGAGGUUGGAAUCAACUGAAUCUCCCAUAAAUUAUGAUCUUAUUGGAAGGCAACAACAAUUUAGUGGAAAGGAUCCUAGCAUGAUCCAACCUUUGCCAAGGCAGCAAUCUGGGAUGACUGACAUGCAGCUCUUACAGCAACAUGCUAUAAUGCAAGAAUUACAGAGACACCUACUUCCAAAGCCACAGUUUCAGUUUCCAGAAGCAAGGCAAUUGAGCUCUGCAAAUCAGGUUUCCUCUGUUAAAGAGGAAUCAGAUAGCCUUUCUUCUGCUCCAAUUGAUGGUGCUCCUGUCCGUGAUGCUUCAAGUUAUUCCUGGCAGCCUGAGCGCAUGACGCAAAAUGCAAAUUGUAUGCAGCAUGGUGCCUCUCCGGCCAUGGGAGGAUCCUCUGGUAUGUUUUCUCCUGGAAAAGGUCAGAUGUGUUUGAUGGGUAUGGUUCCUCAACAAGUUGAUGAAUCAUUUUAUGGGAUUUCUACAAGUGGUGCAAGAGGAAAUGCGUAUCAAUAUUCUUCUGUUCAAAUGGAUAAGCCUUUGAUGCAGCAGGUUCCAGCCGGCAGUCAUUCCUUUCUGGAUAAUCAAUAUAUGUUUUCAGAUCAAGUUGGCUUGCAAGAUGGAACUUCGGUUUCUAGACAGUGUGAGCAGGAUAACAAUGUAUUUGGGGAUGUGGCUGGUCAAGGUUUAAAUAGUGAAUUUCAUUCAGAAAACUUGCAGCAAAUGGUUAUCCAGCCGAAAACUGUAGUGAUGCUGGAGUCUCCUCAGAUGCAAGCGCAUUGCAGUCCUCCAGAAACACCCCUGAAGAAGUCAGCAAUUCAGGUUCCCCUCUCCCAGACUGUGGCUACGCUGGAUCCAAUUGAGGAAAAGAUUUUGUUUGGCUCAGAUGACAAAUGUGGGAUAUAUUGGGAAAGAGCACCAACAUGGGUUCAGAGUUGGAUGGUACGGAUCUUUAAGGGGAUUUCCCUCUCUGCAAAGUGGGAUUUGGAGUACUCUUAUGAUGUCUGCUGUAACAGAAACAUCCAGUAAUGAUAUAGGGGUGCAGGA